AACGUGGUACGUAGAGGCUGUGCUACAACACAGGAAGUGUUCUCUGAACUUCCCGUGGUGGCAUUCUUUUUCUUUUGUAUCUCACACUCACUGAGAGAAGGAACUGUACCAACUGCUGACCAGAAGACAAUGAACAAAUCCUCUUGUCCUCGUGUCAGCUUUGACUUUACAGGCAGAUUUCUGCCUCCUGUUUACAUCAUAGUCUUCAUCGUUGGUCUGGUAGCUAACGGAUGGGGACUGAAGUCUUUGCUACAGAAAUGGAAGAAACUGGGUAACAUCAAUGUUUUUGUUUUCAACCUUGGACUUGCUGAUAUUUUGUACCUGCUCACAGUCCCAUUUUUGGUGGUGUACUACUUUAUGAAGAGUAAAUGGAUCUUUGGAGACGCAUUCUGCAAGAUAACAAGAUUCUGCUUCAACCUGAAUCUCUAUGGCAGCAUCGGGUUCCUCACUUGUAUAAGUGUGUACAGGUACCUGGCCAUUGUCCAUCCAAUGAGAGUGAUGGGAAGAAUAACAGUCACCCACUCUGUGAUCAUCUCAGUCAUGGUUUGGCUGUUGGUGAGUGUUCAGAGUCUCCCAGACAUGUUCUACACCAAAAGAUACAGCAAACCAUAUAGAAACAACACUGAGAAAUGUUUCGAUACAACAGAUAACAUCUAUGUUGAGAGUUACCUGAAAUACACCCUUGGAUGGACACUCACUGGGUUUUGUAUCCCAUUCCUCAUCACCCUGGGCUGCUACGGACAUGUGAUUGUUGUUCUCUGCCGCACAAAUACCACUGACAAGGUACUGAAACAGAGAAGUCUGAAGUUGUUGUUCAUCUUGAUUCUUCUCUUCUCUGUUUGUUACAUCCCCUAUCAUGCAUUCAAGAAUUUUAACCUCAUGGCAAGAGUUUUGACAAGUCAAGGACUUUGCCCUGAAUGGUCCAAUGGAGUCUACAUCGCUCAUCAGAUAAGUCGUGGCCUUGCAUGUCUGAACAGUGCUCUCAACCCUCUGGUUUACCUCCAUGGUCAUGAAGAUAUUCCUGCUCAGCUCAGACAGCUGCUCCAACAAGUGCGUCCGAGGUUCAGCCGUUCAGGUCCAACAAACUCUAGCAGUGUGCCCAUGGCACAAAUUGCAGAUGGAGGUUUAACACAAGACUAACAUGUUUAACAGUAACAUACAUUUCUAUUUGUUCCAUACAGUUCGAAGGAGGAAUUAUGUGUUGUUUCUGUGUAUUCGUAUUAUUUGUGUUAAUUGAUCUGUAUAAGUGUGUUUUAUUUCUUUCAUGGUCUGUUGAGUAAAGGAAACUUUGUAUCAUCUGACUUCAAGUUAAUUAUUGGGAGUUUUUAAUGCCGCGUGGUCUCUGUGAAUUCAGAUGUUACGGGAUUCUUGUGUUCAUCACUUAAGCGUAGAUCAUCCCCAGAGACUGAUUUUAUUUCAGUUUCAAAUAGGGUUUCCAGA